CACAACAGUUGUUGUUGUUGUUGUUGUUGCCAUUCUCAUACGCGCUUCAUCAAACCUUUGUAGGAAGCCAAAUCAAAACCUUAUUACCAAUCUUCUUUUUGAAAAUUUCUCUUUUGCUUUACGUUCUCUCAAUUCAUAUUUUAUCUGAAAGUUUGUUCCUUUCUUUAAUCAAAUCAAUUCAAUAGGCUUCGAAGAUUUGUUUCUCCCAAUCGGGAUCGAGUCAAGCAAAUCUUCUCCAGUCAUCAUCCUCUGGUACGUUUUGACCAAUUCCAGAAUCAGAAAGCAUGAGAUGAAAAGAAAUGUUCUGAUUGAUUUCAAAUCAUUUUGGUCGGAGAAGCAAAAAGGGUUUUGUUUAUCCUCUCGUGUUACCCUUCUAUAUUGGAUUUGGGGUUUUGGCUUAAAGGUUCUUUGUAGAUUCAUCUGAAGAUCUGGUUUUGUUGUUUACUUUGAUACAAAGAUGGAAUCUUUCUAGCUUUGAAGCUUGUGACAUACAAAAGAUUGGAACAAAGGGAAUUAAGAUUUGCGGUUUUGGUUUCAACUUCUUGUAUUUGAGGUUUGUUAAGCGAUGGAUGAAAGUAGUCAUGGAGGUUCAAGUUCACUUCCACCUUUUCUUACUAAAACAUACGAAAUGGUAGAUGAUGAUUCUUCUGAUUCGGUCGUUUCUUGGAGCGAAAACAACAAAAGCUUCAUCGUCAAGAACCCAGCUGAGUUUUCAAGAGACCUUCUUCCCAGAUUCUUCAAACACAAGAAUUUCUCUAGUUUCAUCCGUCAGCUUAAUACAUAUGGUUUUAGAAAAGUUGAUCCUGAGAAGUGGGAGUUCUCGAAUGAUGACUUUGUGAGAGGUCGACCUUACCUAAUGAAGAACAUUCAUAGACGAAAACCAGUUCAUAGCCACUCGUUAGUGAAUUUACAAACGCAAAAUCCGUUAACGGAAUCAGAAAGACGAAGCAUGGAGGAUCAGAUCGAAAGACUAAAAAGGGAGAAAGAAGGCCUUCUAGUGGAGUUACAGAGCCAAGAGCAAGAACGUAAAGACUUUGAGAUGCAAGUAACGACACUGAAAGAUCGGUUACAGCAAAUGGAGCAACAUCAGAAAUCAAUAGUUGCAUAUGUAUCACAGGUUUUGGGGAAACCAGGACUUUCUCUAAACCUCGAAAACCACGAGAUAAGAAAAAGAAGAGUACCGGAGAGUUCUCUUCCUUCGAGCAGGUCACACGUAGAGCAGGUCGAGAACUUGGAAUCUUCUUUAACGUUUUGGGAGAAUCUUGUAUCAGAAUCAUACGAGAAGAGCGGUGUACAGUCGUCAUCAAGUAUGGAUCUUGAUGCGGCUGAGUCGAGUCUAAGUAUGGGUGAUACACGACCUAAAUCAUCAAAGAUUGAUAUGAACUUAGAGCCGCCUGUUACCGUUACUGUGGCUGUUGCUGCUCCAAAAGCAGGGGUUAACGAUGACUUUUGGGAACAAUGCUUGACAGAGAAUCCGGGAUCAACAGAGCAACAGGAAGUUCAGUCAGAGAGAAAAGAUGUUGAUAAUGAUAAUGGUGAUAAUAAGAUUGGGAAUCAAAGGACGUUUUGGUGGAAUUCAGGUAAUGUAAAUAACAACAUUACAAAGAAAACUUGAUAUAUAUAUAUAUAUAUAUAUAUGACCUGAGUUUUUUUUGUAAAAUUUGUAACAUAGUUGUUGUUGUUGUUUCCUAAUGUAUUUCUUCUGUUCAUUAUUAUUACUCUGUUUCUGUGAAACCCAAAUCUCUCUAUUGUGUUGAGAGACAGGAGUAAACAUAGAUGCGUUAUGCGUAUUCUGAACUGGUUUUUGCAUUCA